CUACGCUGGGCUCAAUUCCGUUCGAACGCUUGGCCGUGCCGGUUCUCUGCGGAAACAGACGCUGGAUCUCACGCGUACACGUGUUUUAGUGUAGCCGCUUAAGUUCCUAUUUAUUAUUUCUCCGUAUCGGUCGUCGUGCCCUUUGUUUUGUGUGAAGUGUGCGUGUUUUGGUUUGUGCUAAGGCUCUUAUAGUUAAGGAUAAAAAGUAACAAAAAACACAGCACACAAAAAUGGCAACGGCAAGCGACAGCAAGUACAAGCGCACCAACACGAACGGCAUGCAGCAUCAGCCGCUGGAUGUGGCCAUCGUUGGUGGUGGUUUGGUUGGCUCACUGUUGGCGCUUCACCUGGGCAAGAAGGGCCACGAAGUGAAUCUGUACGAAUACCGUGAAGACAUCCGCACGGCCGAGCUGGUGAUUGGGCGCAGUAUUAACCUAGCCCUGUCCGCGCGUGGCCGCCGGGCACUGGCCGAGGUGGGGUUGGAGGAUGCCCUGCUCAACCACGGCAUACCGAUGUCCGGCCGUAUGCUGCACGACGUCAACGGCAAGUGCAAAAUCGUCCCGUACGAUGCAAACACCAACCAGUGCAUCUACUCGGUUGGCCGAAAGCAUCUGAACGAGGUGCUGCUCAACGCGGCCGAGAAAUACCCGAACAUCCACCUGCACUUCAACCACAAGCUGGUCAGCGCCAACCUGGACGAGGGCAACCUGUCGAUGGUUGACCCCGUCACGAAAGAUGUCAAGAGCGCCCGGGCGGACCUGAUCGUCGGCUGCGACGGGGCGUACAGUGCGGUGCGGAAGGAAAUCGUCAAGCGGCCGCGGUACGACUUCAGCCAGACGUACAUCGAGCACGGCUACCUGGAGCUCUGCAUACCACCGACCGCCGCCGGGGAAUUCGCGAUGCCCCACAACUAUCUGCACAUCUGGCCGCGCGGCCAGUUCAUGAUGAUCGCGCUGCCGAACCAGGACCGCACCUGGACGGUGACGCUGUUCAUGCCGUUCACGCAGUUCCACAGCAUUACCGACCAGGGCCUGCUGCUCGACUUCUUCCGCCAGCACUUCCCGGACGCGAUCGAGCUGAUUGGGCGCGAGCGGCUGGUGAAGGAUUUCUUCAAAACGAAGGCCCAACCGCUGGUGAUGAUCAAGUGCCGGCCGUACCACAUCGGCGCGAAGGCACUGAUCAUUGGCGAUGCGGCGCACGCGAUGGUCCCGUUCUAUGGGCAGGGCAUGAACGCGGGCUUCGAGGACUGCAGCGUGCUGACGGAGCUGUUCAACCAGUACGGGACGGAUCUGGCGCGCAUACUGCCCGAGUUUAGCGAGAAGCGCUGGGAGGAUGCCCACGCCAUCUGUGAUCUGGCAAUGUACAACUACAUCGAGAUGCGCGACUUGGUUACCAAACGGUCGUACCUGCUGCGCAAGAAGCUGGACGAGCUGCUGUUCUGGAUGAUGCCGAACACGUGGGUCCCGCUGUACAACUCCGUCUCGUUCUCGCACAUGCGCUACAGCAAGUGCAUCGCCAACCGGGCCUGGCAGGAUAAGAUUCUCACACGCGUACUGUACGGUGCGUCGAUUGCGUCGGUUGCCGCUAUCGGCGGUCUCUGCUACCGGCACGUGACUAUGGGCCAUCUCGAGCGGCUGUCGUCGCGCAUCCUAUCCACCUUCCAGCUGCUGAAACCGAAAGCAAGCGUCUAACUGUGCCCCCCCGUACCAUUCGUUUAUUGCUAAAAAAUAAAACUUAUAUACUCAUUCAA